AGAGGCAUUUAAAAACUACUCCUUCUACAACUAACAGUAAAAGAAAUUAUUUUUUAAAAGGAUUAUAAAGUUUUUCUAGAAGAUCAAGAGUUAGCCAUGUCUCACCUGCAAAUCUUCUUCGUUAUCUUUGUGAUUGUCGGAAUGACAGGAAUUUUUGGAUAUCCUGGAUAUGAUGAUGGCGCUCAUGGAUAUGGUGGUGGAUAUGAGCCAAAGUAUCCUCCCCAUCCAUAUGGAUUUGGAUACGAAAUCAAAGAUCACCUUGGCAAUCAGCAAUACAGAAAGGAACACAGCGAUGGCAAGAAAGUAAUCGGCAGCUAUGGAUUCACGGAUGCCCAUGGUAUUCACCGACUUGUGGACUACGUAGCCGAUGAACAUGGAUUCAGAGCUAAAGUCAGAACCAAUGAACCAGGAACUGCUAAUCAGGAUCCAGCCAACGUGCAUAUUCAAUCUACAGCUUAUCACGGACCUAUUGGCGAUUAUCACUGACGCUUAUGAAAGAAAGUUCUGCCUCGCUGUAUUAUUCAAGUGACAAACUGUACAUACAAUGAUAUUCCCAAUGAUCGUCUCUUCAUUUCAUACUAAAAUGUUGCCAUCAUUUAAACAUUCAUCGAAUUUUCAUGAUGAAAAUCGCUUACAAGCUUUGUACAAAACUGUUCGAAUAUAUAUAGGCCUAUAUUGUAUAGAAUAUGCUUUUGUAUUGCUGGCUUAUUUAUACUUUAUCCUGUAAUCAUUUGUCUGAUGUGAUUGAUGUAUGUU